UAUGACUACAUUAUUGUUGGUGGUGGACCCUCUGGGCUUGUUGUCGCCAACAGACUAACCGAGGACGCUGAUGUUACGGUUUUGUUGCUUGAGGCCGGUACUUUGGACACUGAGGGCUACACCGUCAUGGUGCCUUCUGAAGUUGGCGCAGAUCUCAACACGAACUACGACUGGAAUCUCAGAACCGUGGGACAGGAGUACCUCGAUGGCCAGGCUGUUGUCUUUAAUCAAGGAAAAGUGGUUGGUGGUGGGACCGUUCUGAACGGGAUGGUCUGGACCCGCGGGUCUGCGCAGGAUUACGAUGCAUGGGACAACCUGAACAACAACGGAUUCGACACUCCUACUUAUGGCUGGGGAUGGAUGGAUCUACUGCCGUACUUUGAGAAGAGCGAGACUUUCGUUAUGGACGUUGAUGACGCGACCACCCAAGAAUUUGGCAUAGAGUCCCAGUCGGAUAUUCACGGCGAGACGGGUCCUGUGCAGAUUGCCUACCCUCACUUUCUCUAUCCGCAAUCUGCCAACAUCUUGCAGGGCUUCGAGCAGCUGGGAGUGCCUGCCCUUGCGGACCCGAACAACGGUACCGGAGGUGGCGCUUUUAUCAACCCCUCGAGCAUGUCUGCUUCCAACCAGUCCCGCUGUGACGCUCGAGUGGCCUACCUCGAUCCGGUGAUUAACCGUGCGAACCUGCACAUCGCGACGGAGCAGAUGGUUACCAGGCUUCUUUUGGAGCAAGACGCAGACGGUACAUCGCAGAGAGCUGUCGGAGUGGAGGUGCCCCAAAACGCUACGGUCAAUGUCACUUGUACGAACGAGGUGAUCCUGGCAGCGGGAGCCAUCUUCUCGCCGACACUCUUGCAGAUCUCAGGCAUCGGCCCCAGCGACGUUCUUGAGUCCCUGGGCGUCCCUGUUGUGAUUGAUCUUCCAGGCGUCGGAGCGAACCUGCAGGACCACGGGAUGAACCACCCCAGGUACUUGUUUGAGAACAGCUCCUUGCUCACGGCAGACAAGGUCACCUCCAACGCCGACGCCCUGAAUGCGGCGACAGAGGAGUACUACGCCAACCGCACGGGACCCUUGACGGCACCAAUGAUCAGCACGAUUGCCUUCCCCUCCAUGGAGCUGAUCGCCGACGACUGGGCGGAAUUGCUCCAAAACGCGAGCCAGAGUGACGUCGACACGACGCUGCCCGCAGGCACGGCGGCGACCGUCCGCCAGGGCUACCUCGCCCAGCUCCAGCAGCAGCUCCCGCUCCUCCGCGACCCGGCAGAGGGCGCCGUCGAGAUCCUCGCCGACUCCAUCGGAACCAUCUCCACUGCCAUGCAGCGCCCGCUGUCCCGCGGCACCGUGCGCCCUUCGUCCGCCAGCAUCUUCGACAUGCCCCUCGUCGACCCGCGCUACUGCUCCGAACCUCUGGAUUGCCUCGCCAUGGCGCGCGCCCUCCUCUUCAACUGCGAGCUCAUCAACACCGCCCCCGUCGCCGAGCUCCAGCCCGCCGUCCAGUCGCCGUACUUUUGCCCAACCACCGCCACCACCAGCGACAUCAACGCACAGCUGCUCGCCCUCGUGAAGCAGAACAUCGCCACCGAGUUUCACCCCUCGGGAACGACAGCCAUGUUGCCUCUUGAGCUGGGCGGCGUCGUCGACUCCGAGCUGGUCGUCUACGGCACCACGAACCUGCGGGUUGUGAACGCCGGUAUCAUGCCCGUGCUGGUGGGGGCGCACUUGCAGGCGCCGGUGUAUGCGAUUGCUGAGAGG